AUGAUUUCAAAAGAUGUAUGUGCUUUGCUAGAUCAAGCUGCAAUUGAAGUUAAGCAAUUAUCGAGACUCAUUCACUCCAAGACGCAUUAUAAGAAUUUGUUGUUACAGACAUGCCUUCACGUCUCCAUAAAAGUAUCUAGGUCAAUCGGCUUUGUCCAGCAAUUCGUUGAGACGAUAGUGUCCGGGGACGAACUUGCGAACCUAAGAACUAGUUACGGAAGUACUCCGUUACACAUUGCUGCUGAAGUGGGCAACACAGUGGUGGCGGACAUUCUGUGCCGUAAAAUGCCUCGGUUGCCCUACAUCCAAGAUUACAACGAGGAUUUUCCAGUGCAUACGGCCGCCAAAAACGAACAUGCGGCAAUACUGCGGCUUUUGAUCGGUGUGACAACGGAGGAAGAACCAUAUCAAAAUAAGGGCGGCCUAAGACUUAUUUCGGACACGAUACACGCUCAAUUUUUCGGCAUCGCAUCAAGUUUGGUGGAAAAGCACCCUUACUUGGCCACGUUACAUGACCCCACUAUAGGGUCGGCUUUAUCGACAAUCGCGGGGAAGGAGUCGUUAUUUCCAAAUAUGGAAUCGAUGGAAUUCAACGAAGCUAUACAUAUUGCCCACCAUGCUGUAAUAUGUGCAACCAAAAUAGGGAAUCACGAGAUUGUGGAAAUGAUAAUCGAGGCAUUCCCUAAUGCUAUUUAUUCUUCGUACAUGGAAUCUUCCCCCGGAUCCAUAUUUCACGUGGCGGUUCUAAACCGUUGUGAGGAGGUCUUCAAAUUGUUGUAUCACAUGAAUGGCCAUAAAUUUGUAUAUUCGGACGUGGUGGAUAAUAGCGGGAACAACCUCUUGCACAUGGCAGCAAAAUUGGCACCAUCUCACAAACUCAAUCAGAUUUCAGGUGCAGCUCUCCAAAUGCAGAGGGAGAUACAGUGGUACCGGCUAGUUGAAAAACUCGUUGCUCGAAGUUCCAAAAUUCAAAUUAACAACGAAGGAAAAACCCCCAAGAUGGUUUUCACCGAGGAGCACAAGAAUUUGGAAGAAGAAGGUGCGAAAUGGAUGAAGGAGACGUCUCAAAAUUGUACGGUAGUAGCAUCCUUGAUUGCUACUUUCAUGUUCUCGUGUGCUUUCACGGUACCGGGUGGCAACGAUGGGAACACCGGCUUGCCUAUUUUCUACAGCUUCUACAUAUGCUUUGAUAAACUUCUUAUCGAUCCUCAUUUCACGCUACUCGGAAGAAGAGUUUCUGCACACUUUGCCCAAGAGGUUGCUUAUUGGCCUCAUUAG